AGAGGUGGAAGUGGUGGCUAACCCUCCAAGAGUGUGGGACAGCCUGCUGUCUCACUGGCAGGCAGCUUGCAGAGCAUUGCAGCAGUAGUGGGCCGAUGGUUGUGGGCUUGUGGCCACUGCCCACUUGUCAGUGAGGUUUGAGAAGUCUGCGAGUGAACAUCGCAUCCCCCUUCACAAUGUGGCAAGAGAAAAAAAGUGUCUUCUGGCUCGUGGUGGUGUUAUCGUUCGUCUCUACAGUGCUGUCCACAGAUUUGGCUGCCGUCUACAGAGACAAGAUCCUAAUCCUUCGUGAUGCUGACUCUAUCCAUCCUGACUCUUUGUCAUGGGAAGACAUCUUUGUGGAACUCCCAAAACCAUUGUCUCUUCCUGUGGCCCUUGCGCAUGAUGUGGAGACCAACAGACUCUUUGUGGCAGAUACUGAUCCCAAAGAAAAAGCAAAGAUUAUUUCCAUUUCGCUCAAUUCAACAUUUGGAGUGGUUAACAUGACUACUGCUGUCGAAAGCACUUCGGUAUCAGUGGUAGAAGGGAUGUCAUAUAGUCCACGGUCAAAACAUAUCUACUGGACUGAUGCUACCCAUCAUUAUAUUUACAAGGCCUCAGUACAAAGUGAAGAUGGCAGUUUUGUAUCCACACCAGUAGUGAUGGAAAUUCUAGGUGACAGAAUUUCACCUCGUGGAUUAGCAUUGGAUGUUUGCAAUGAGCAUCUGUAUUGGAGUGAGGCAGGUAAUCAAGGAACCGUGCCCAGCAGUGUAGAGAUGUGGGAUCCUAAAAGCAACAAACAUCAUAUUUUUAAGAAGGAUGAAGAAAAAAAAGAUUUUUAUCAGGGACUCACCUUCGAUGACACCACAAGAACCUUGGUGUGGGCUGUUACUCAUGGAGAUGACUUAAAUAGCUCCUGUCGUAUUGUCAGCACUUCAGUUGAUGAAGGGCUUCAUCAAGACCUUGUUCACUUGGAAAACUGCUACCCAUUUUCAUUAACUGUUGACGAAAAAUAUGUAUAUUGGGCAGACUGGAGCAGAAAGGGAAUUAUGAGAGCAUCAAGGAGUGACCCAGAUGAUAUCGCAAGGCUCCUCACCACCCCUAGUGAGAUGAAGGAAAACUAUCUUGGUGCCUAUGGCAUAGCAAAAUUAAAUGUUGGAAAAUUGGUCCAAAUUCCAUGUCAGGAUAAAGAAGAUAAAAGUCAUCAUGAAGAUAAGACAGAAGAUUCAAAAUCAGUAACUAAUGAAGAAAGAGGGGAAGAUACAGCAGAGAUCAAGAAAUUUCAUGAUGAUUCCUCAGAUAAUGUGGAAUCUACAAAGUUGAAGGAGGAGGAUGAUGGUGAAAAAACAGGUGAAGAAAUUAUUUCUGAUUCUUCAGAUUUUAAGGAAUUUGGAGAGUUGCAAGAUGGUCAUCACAUAAAAGCUGAAAAAAUCAAGAAUAACAUAGCUGAGCAUGCUCCUACAGAAUAUUCAGGCACAGAAAAUGACAAAAAUAACCACAACAUAUAUGAAGAUAUCAUUGUGAAAACCUUCAAGCAAAGAAAUAUGCUGAAUGGAUCCCAGGCAGAUUCACCUUCAGCAGAACCGGAACAGAAGACCAACCAAGAGUCUGUAGACACAGCAACCAAAAUUAACGGUGAUGAAACAAUGACUGACACGAUUGCCUCACGUUCAACUUACAGGGUCUCAAGCACAGAAUGUGUUCCUAGGUAUAGCUACAUAGCAGUUGUUGUAGUUCUGGCUGCAACCACUGUUGCGUUCCUGUGCUCCACAAUCAUCCUGGCAGUUUUGCUGUACCGCAGGAGAGCCACUUCCUGUAAAGGAAUCUCUGUAGCUGCUGUAGAGACCCCACAAGCUGUGGUUGUCCAGGUUCCCCGCAAGGUGAAGCGCUUUGGCCCAAAGAAGUCAUUUGUUACUAGAAAUAAAUCAAGACCUUCUGGGUCCUCCACAUGUUCUGAUUUGGCUAAUGAUGGUGUGAACAUCAAUAUUGAGGAUUGCUGUCAAAUGACUCUUUGUGAAACUCCCUGCUACACCACUGUUAAAAAACAAGGCAAGUCAUACAAGGAUAUAAGAAAAAAUUCCAAGAAUUAUGAGGACAAGAAAGGAUUACUUGAUGAUGGUGAAGAUAUCUGAGCAACUACUGAAAAUGUUAUCUGGGACAAUGUUGUGGUCCAGAGAAAUUAUUUCUGGUGGGCUCAUGACAGCCAGUCACAGGCACUGGGGUAGAUAUCAUGUGAUAUAAGGGACAUCUGAACAUACUGAACACCAAUAGAAGGCUUGGAGUGAUAUGAUCCUUCCCAUUACAUGCAUGAUCACAGACAUGAAAUACCUCACUACCUAAUGAGAGAUGACACUUUUUAUAUGAUUUCGUUUUUGCUUUAUCAAAAAAUAAAUAAAAAACUGUUAGUGUCAUUGGUGUAGAAAGGAUGAACUCUGAGUUAUCUUUAGCAUGAUAUUUCUACACUUGGGCAAAUUUGAGUGAAAUUCUAUCCAUGAUGCCUUGUUCCCAGUGAGAACAAGGCAUCAGAUAGAUAAUUAUAAAUAAGUUGCCAAGUUUGCCAACAGUUUUGGAUGAUUUUGCCUGGAUUUGGAAGCCUUAGCUUGUAUUUUAUCUGAGGAUUUUAAAUGAUACAAAGAUAGUGCAAAUAGAAGUCCACCCUCAACUGGAAAUAUAAGAAAGUUUUCACACAAAUGAAGCACCAUUAAUAGUGUGUACAUAGUGAUGAUAGAGUAUCAUCUACAACACUUAGCAGUUUGACAUAUACAUUUUAAAUGUAUUCAAAAAAUAUCCAGCCUUAGGCCAAGGUACAAAAGGUGCCUUAUUUUUUGGGGAUUGUAACUCAAAUGUUCUUCGAUGUGCAUCUUGUGUUACCUCACACUUUGGUCUAUUGGUCCUUCCAUUGCUUGAAACAUUUCUAUAAGUCAUGUUCUGGAUUGGCUACCUGGUGCAGUGUUGUAUUUUUAAUUAUGCAUCCUCAAGUUUCAAAUGGUGGCAACUUAAGCUUCCAGAGCAGCCAGAUAUCAUAAGGAACCAAGUCUGGAGAGCAAGAAAUCUGGCAAACCUGAGGAAUUUUAUGUUUAGCCAAGAAAUUGUGCAUUAGGUGUAAAGAAUUUCGCACCAGAAACCAGACAUCUGAGCAGCAAAGAACUGGCAGCUGCCUUAUGACAAUAUGCCAGUCUAUUCUUCACAUCUAAUACAGAAUAUUGUGGCCAUGCACUAAAUUUCUUUCCAGACCUGGUUCCUUGUAAUAUCUGGCUGUUCCUUAGGCUGAAGAUAACACUGAAAAUGUCUCUGUUUGAGGUUCAAGGAGAGAUAAUAUUGAGCAUGAAGAUACACCUGGUAGCAAUUCCAGGAGUGGAAGCACUGAUGGUGUGAGUGAGUCACAAAGAGGCAACUUUAAAGGACAUUAAGAGACAGACCCUAAGCUACUGUUUGUUUCCUUACCUGAGGUCUGAUAUAAAAAUAACUGACUUGGUAUAUAGGUAUAUUUAAAAACAUUAUUUGUUUAUUUUUUUGUUUUUAUCUAUCCAUCCUUGUAUACCUAAAACCUGUUCCUAAGAAUUCCCUUAAGGGAAUGGCUGUGAUAUGAGUUUUAUAAGCCUGCAGCCAUUUUUUUUAAUUGACAAAAAUUUUAAUGAAUGCACAGGAAGAAAAGAUAAAUUGAAAAACCUCUAACUCGUUGCUCGAUAAAUUACUUUUUUUGUCAGAUAAUGAGAUAGGUAUCUUCUGGAGUCCAUAAUUCUAAAAUUGAAACAUAAAUUGCAAAUUAAUUAAUUAUACAAAGUUUAAGAUUUACAUUUGACAGUGAUAUCACUUAAGGCAGUUAUAUUUUCAUGCCAUAGUAUAGCAAAUACAAAUUAAAGUUUUGUAAGAACCUAAACAGUGUGUGAAUUGAAUUAGUUAAAUUAGUAGUGUUCAUGGGUUUCACCAAAACUUUCAACUGAAGACAAAAUAGGAUUAUUAAUUUUGAUUGACUAACACUGCCUUUUAAAUAUUUAUUUUCAGAGAUACAUUACACACAUUACUGAAACCAUUAAAGCAUUUCGAAGUUCAUAAGAUAAUGUGAUAUUAUAUGAAAUAUUUUUUUGCAGCCAUGGUGUGAAUUUCAAUUUUCAAGUGCAAUAACAAAAAAAUAUCUUAGUUUCUUUAGUUCUUCAAGUAAAGUUAUGUGACAGUGCAUUAGCUUCUAGGAGACAAAGUAAAAUUAGUAAAGAUAUGUGAUUGCUUGAUUUCUUUAUUAUUAUUAUUAUUAUUAUUAUUAUUAUUAUUAUUAUUAUUAUUAUUUUAACAUUUCAUUAGCUCAUGCUAUUUGGCUAUUAAUCAAAGUAAACAAAAUAACUUCAUAACUUGUGUAUAGGAGACUGCUUUGUCAUGGUAUGGUAUUCUUGGUUGUGGAUAUCAAGUAGUUAAUUUUCUUCUUUAAUUACUUGGAAGUUGCUUUCAUUAUUUUCUUCAGUUAGGAAAUUUAUUCUCAUUGCAUUGUAAAAUACCACAUGAUAAAAUAUAAAGUACCUAUGCAUCACAUUCAUGAAUACUGUUGUACAUAAGCAAGGCUAAAGAAACAUCAUAAUGGCUGUGAUAUAGCUUGUAAGAAUUAUAAUGUUGCACAUAUGAUUUUUGCAGUUACUUAUGUUAAGCUUUAAUGAGAAUGUGACUUCUGAAAGAAGUCUGGAAUGAUAACAUGUCGUAUGUGUAAGAAGACUUACACAAUAAAUUGGUAAAAGGUGUGUGCAUUGUCGUAAAUAUUUUUUGUAAGCUAGUCUGUUGAAAUAUUUAAAAACCUUGAUGUUAGAUUUUGGAUAUGAACAACCAUUAUUUAUUUUUUAUUUAUGAUAUGUCUUCUUGUAUACUAGCCAAGUUUGUCACAUGUCAUAUUAUUUAUUUAAUUUUAUUUAUUGUUUUUUUUAUUUAUUUAUUUUUAUUGUUAUUUUUUAGGUUUUGGAAAUUUUAAUAGCAUGCUGAACAUUAAUGUGUAUUAUUUUUCUUUUUAUUUAUAUAUGUUAUAUUUUGAUAGGAACAAGUGUUCCAGCUGUACACAUUUGUUUCAUGAAGCCAACAGUUUAUAAUCUGGGAUGUAUAUAUUUUUAAGCCGAAUGCCAGCUUUUGUUAUUAGAAACUAUUGUUGCAUUUAUAAACUGACACAAGAAGCUCUGAUAUCAUUGUUAUCAUAUAUCACAAGUGCCACAAGCUUACUUAAAUUGAAAACAGAAUGAAUCUCAAAAUGGUAAUGAAUUUUGUGAAUUGCUGAUUUCACAUGCAGAAAUGGAAAUGAAAAAUUAGGCAUCAGUUUGCCAGUUUAUUGUGUUCUUUGAAGUUUGAUAUGCAUUUGGUUUACUUUGUUUAGCACUGCAAUCUACUUUUUUUCCAAGUUACCAUUGAUUUGAGAGGUCAGUCAAAUUAAAAACAUGAGUUGGUGUAUAAUUGGAAGCAGAUAUUUUAUGCCUUUUUAAAAGCAGAAACAUUUCUUGAGAAUGACUUAAGUGAUUUUAAAUUGGGAAACUGAUAUUGUUCUUAAGAUACCUUCAGAUGUGAUAUUUCCAUUAAGAAUGACAUUGAUGUUAUGACUUGUUACCAAUUUAGUAGAUUGAAAUAAAAAAAAAUAAAAAAAUUAUAGGAACAGCAAGUUAAGCUGCAAGAGGUCUGCAGCAGGCUUACACCUGACCAUGCUUGUAUCCACUGUAAAUUUAUCUAAUCUUUUGAAGCUCCCUAUUAACUCCACUGACAACAUAAAUACUUAUUUAAGUCUUUUCCAGUCAUUCACCACUAUUUAAGAAGCAGUUUGUCAUGCUAUGACUACUACUACAAGCAGCUACUUUAAGAUGUGUGCAAAAUGUAAUCUAUGCGAAGAAAUUUAUAAAGAAUAUGUUAUUGGAGCACUUUUCAUACAGAUAGAAAUUCAAAGUACAUUAAUGUCACAAGGCUUCAUUCUUAUUAUUAUGGUGGUAAUAAAAUUAGAAACUACAGCUUUGUAAUCAACAUAGAAAUAAAUGGCCAGAAUUUUAGUGCAAUCAUUAAAGAAGGCAGCUGAUUGCAUCCCUGUUGCAGUUGUCAGCUAUUGAUAUUAUUUAUUUGGCUAUUUAGAUAGUGCUAUUUUCUAGUUAUUUUUACUUCUGUACACAAACAUCACAGAUCGUGUGUUUGAUCACCAUGUGCAACACUGAAUGAAAUCUUUAUCCUCUGUUCUGAGGGAUUGAAAAAGGAAGGUGGGUUCCUUUCCUUCUCAUUACACCUGUGUAGGUUGGAAGGUCCCAAGAUAUGCAAGGUAUUCAUACAUUGGACUGGUUUAUGUGUGUUUUGUGACCAUAUUCGGAGUGGUAAGAAAAUGAUUACUUAACAAUUUUAUCCUAAUUUUAUGGGGAUAUCCAUGUUCCAAAGAUUCCUGCAAUUUUAUAAUCUUUAUGUAAAAUUGGCACUUAAUUUUAGAUAUUCUCUUAUGAGUAUUAUGAGAUCAGCUGCAACAGAAUUAUUUUGCUAAAAAGAUUGGGAAUGUGGGCUGUUUUUAAGUUAACAUUGUAUUGUCCAAAAUAUGACAAGAUAUAUGGCUGAUGAAGGAGGUUUAUAAGUAUAAUUUCAGAAUGUUGAACUUAAAAAAAAUCAUUUUGCUAUAUUCAUUAUUUGGAGAAAGGUAUUUGUGUUUUAUGAUUUUAUUGAGGGUGAUCUAAAUUUUGCCUUGAAAUUUUAAAAAAGCAAAAAAGUUCAUGUAAUGUUCAACACAGCAUAUGCAAAAAAUGUACUCUCAGGAAAACCAUUAUUAAAACCUAUAAAUGGCUUUCAAGUACUAACAACCUGUAUGGUCCAGUGCUUCACAGAAUGUAAGAGAAAAUAGUAGACUGCACUGCUCACAGAAAACAAUUUAGAAGCAAGAAAAGCCGCCAGAUAAAAACCUCUUUUAUAAUUUUUCACUUCAAAAUUUUGAUAAAGUCAAAAAUUUUGUAGUUUUAUUUUGUUCACACAGUGGAUUUCAACAUUUCUAUGUUGAAUGGUGUUAAUUUUAUUCCAAAAUUUGAUACUCCCUAAGAUCAAAACAGCAGGCAGGCAAUUUGCAACAUAUAUGUGGAAGCUAUCCACCUGGUCAGUGUGGAGAGCUCAAUUAACCUGAUUGAGUUUUGAAUACUAGAAAUAAACUUUUGAAUAUUCAAGAAAAUAAUCCAACCUAAGAUACCAAGUUCAUCUUGCUUGAAGCUUUGUUACCUGGAUCUGCAUUGCCAGAGGUCGCCUCUUGCUAUACAUUGAAAUAAAAGUUUGAGAAUUGUUUCUGCAGGCAUACUGCUGUAAGGAACUCUAUGAUAUUUGAGACUACAAAUGGCACCAAGUGUAAGGGCCUCGUAUACUGGAAAGAUACCCAGUACUUCAAUAAUGGAUGAUGAAUUUAUCAAAAUCUAAUUACACAAGUAGAAGUUAGUUAGUCACUAAGACAAGCAAAAGUAGGUAGAUGCUGGACUACUGGGCAAAAUUAGUUAUGGGUUAAUGUUUCAUUUGGAAUAUGUUGCCCCUUGUUCCCAGUUAAUGACUAUAUGUAAUAGUUUUGUUCAAUAUGAUAUGCUCAUUAAUGUAAUCAUAUGGACAUGUAUCCUGGCACUUAAAUAAUUUACUAUUUGUAAAGGCCAUUGUUGACAGUCAUAUUUUAUACAACAGGUUAAGGUUCAUGUUAAGGAAAUUUAGUGACUUUCAAAAUAUACAAAAUGUUAAAUCUUGAAAAUGGCAAAACAAUUUAACUUAAAAAAUUGCAGACUUGAUUGAGCAUAUGCAAGAUCUAUUCAUGUUAAAAUAUCCAUGAUGACAUUUUAUGUAUAAUCUAGUUUUUGAAGAGAAAAAUUUUAGUGGAAAAUAUUCAAUACAACUCCUUGAAGGGUGGCCAGACACUAUGGUGCAAUCCUUGGUGAUAUUGUUAUGUUGUUGGUUGUACUCAAAGCACUUUUAUAACUUUCCACAUUGAAAUACAAACAAGUAUGCGAAGUUGUGAGGAAAAGUAUUUCUAGAUGGAAGGUUACAAUAAUGCAUUGAGUAAGUUAUCUUACCUCACUCAUCCCAAGAAAGGAUAGUGAUAUUUUUGUAAGCAGAUGUAGUGGUUUUACAUUUUUCAGGUAUUGUGAUCUCAAGUGGACGCUUAGAUGGGUCACUUGUUUGAUCUUGUAAGUUAUUGUUAAAGGUCUCAAGUGGACACCUAGAUGGGUCACUUGAUGAACUAGUCAUUGUAUGCAGGCUGAAGUAGACACCAAGAUGGGUCACUUUGCACGCCUGUUAGUCUCUGUGGGAUUCUCUGCACAUGCUCUUUAGGUGAGAGAUGUGCAUUAAAUCAGUUGUUAGCACAUAGAUGAAAUAAGAACAGAUCAACAUGUAACUGUUCUAAAGACAACAGCUGUCCAUUGUCUACUCUGUGGGGAUUGCAUUAAAUUAUAAUAAUGUGGUGUCCUGUUUUUGUGGUUUGCAAUUAUUAAGAUAUUCUUCAUCUAAACAUCCAACAUAUGAUUUAAAUUUAGGAUGUAGUUGUGUUAAAAUGUUUCUUAGCAUUGUACUUCUUGUUUUGCCCAACAAUUACGGUUAAAUUACCUUUCAUGGCCAGCUUACAAAAUCAACCACCUGUAGACAAAGUGAUUGUGCCAUCCAAGUUAAAAACAUAUAUGUUCAGUGCCAAACAACUCCAGAACUCUCACUUAUGUGAGCAUCACAUUGCACAAACUGGCAACCUGCCAGUCUGAAAAAUUGGCCAGGAGAAAAUAACUUCAUGGCAACUUAGGUUAGUCUCUCAUAUAAUAAUGUAUUCAGUGUUUGAUUUUUUUUUUUUAGUUUUGUUUUAAAAUAUUCCACAAAGUUACUGUGUGACACCUGGAAAAUCUACAAGCCAUGAUGACAUAGUAUGAGUGACAGAGUUUUAUAAGAAAGUUGAAACAUAAAAAAUAAGCUGUAUAAUUAAUGCCCAUGAUAAGUUUGUGAGUAUGUUGGUCAAGAAAUGGCAGAAUGAGGGAUGCCAGGAUGUGGCUUACCACAAACAUGGUGGUAGACCUCCCCAAAAAGUUUGACAACACUUUGCAUGCUAUCAAAAGACAGUUAAAUGUAAAAUGAUGAUUAAACAAAAACUUUUUCAUGGUGGUUCAUCAUCAUGUUUGUGGUGAGGCCACAUCCUUGCAUCUCUUAUCAUGCCAUUUCUUAGCUAACGCACACAGUCUUUUCAUUGGCAUUAGUUAUACUAAUUUUUCUAUUUGUUUCCCCAUUCUUAUGAAACUAACUCAUACUAUGCUGUCAUGAUUUGUAUAUCUUUCAGGCAUUGUACAGUAACUGUAGAACAUAAUGUUUAAAAAACAAACACAAUCGUUUUGUUAGCCAAAACAAUGAUGUCACAAAAGAAUUCAUGUCAAUAUGUCAAAACUCAAUCCAUCAUCCUGUACUUUUACAAACAUCUGAGAGACUAACUUAAGUUACCAUGUAUUUAUUUUCUUCCAGUUGACUUUUUUAGACUGAGAAGGAGCAACUUGCCAGUUUGUGCAAUGUGACACUCAUAUUAGCAGGAUUUCUAAAGUUUUUUGGUGCUGACUGCAUCUUCACUUAGGGUUUGUCAUUCACCUUUUGGACCUUAUUUUUGAACAGAGAAUUUGUCAGAUGGACCAAAGAAUGUAUUAUUUAUUCUCAAUUUAAAUUAUUCUGGUUAUGUUCAACCUUGAAUGUUCUUUCAGUAGAACAGUAUGGGUGCAAUAUAAUGUUGAUCUUA